AUGGCGACCAAGAGGAGCGUGGGCACCCUCGGGGAGGCGGAUCUCAAGGGGAAGAAGGUGUUCGUGCGCGCCGACCUCAACGUGCCGCUCGACGACGCCCAGAAGAUCACCGACGACACCCGCAUCCGCGCCUCCAUCCCCACCAUCAAGUACCUCCUCGAGAAGGGCGCCAAGGUCAUCCUGGCCAGCCAUCUGGGCCGCCCAAAAGGUGUCACCCCCAAGUUCAGCUUGAAGCCUCUUGUUCCACGCUUGUCUGAGCUCCUUGGACUUGAAGUUGUGAUGGCCCCUGACUGCAUCGGUGAAGAAGUUGAGAAAUUGGCUGCUGCUUUGCCAGAUGGUGGUGUUCUACUCCUAGAGAAUGUUAGAUUCUACAAGGAGGAAGAGAAGAACGAUCCUGAGUUUGCUAAGAAGCUUGCAUCAGUUGCUGACCUUUAUGUAAAUGACGCUUUCGGCACUGCACAUAGGGCUCAUGCUUCAACCGAGGGUGUAACCAAGUUUUUGAGGCCUUCUGUUGCUGGCUUCCUCAUGCAGAAGGAACUUGACUAUCUUGUCGGAGCUGUUGCCAACCCAAAGAAGCCCUUUGCUGCCAUUGUUGGUGGAUCCAAGGUCUCAUCUAAGAUUGGUGUGAUCGAGUCUCUGCUGGCCAAGGUUGAUAUCCUCAUCCUUGGUGGUGGUAUGAUCUUCACAUUCUACAAGGCCCAGGGAUUAGCUGUUGGAAAGUCUCUUGUGGAGGAAGACAAACUUGAACUGGCAACUUCACUGAUCGAAACGGCAAAGUCCAAGGGUGUUAAGCUCUUGCUUCCGACUGAUGUCGUUGUGGCUGACAAGUUUGCAGCAGAUGCCGAAAGCAAGAUUGUUCCUGCCACUGCUAUCCCUGAUGGUUGGAUGGGUCUGGAUGUUGGCCCAGAUUCCAUCAAGACUUUCGCAGAAGCCUUGGACACCACCAAGACUGUUAUCUGGAACGGUCCUAUGGGAGUCUUUGAGUUUGAGAAGUUUGCCGCAGGCACUGAUGUUAGUACAAUAUCACAUAACUUGUCUCAGGCGAUCGCCAAGCAGUUGGCUGAGCUUACUGGGAAGGGUGUCACGACCAUCAUUGGUGGAGGUGACUCUGUUGCUGCUGUUGAGAAGGCUGGGCUGGCCGACAAGAUGAGCCACAUUUCCACCGGCGGUGGCGCGAGCUUGGAGCUGCUGGAAGCUAUCAGCUUGCUGCGUGCACCUUUUGUUUGGGAUCUCAUCUCGGUGUAA